GCUGAUGAAGACUAUUUCGCCGGAGGAGGUAACUGUGCGAAGAGCAAUACCGUUGGCAAUGAGGGUUGCCAUGGUACUCUACAAGUUGGGCAGCAGCGCCGAAUAUAGGCUGAUCGCUAAUCAGUUCGGGGUGCAUAAAAGCACCGUUAAGAAGUUUGUUUAUAUGUUCUGCAAAAGUAUGGUGCAAGGACCUAUAAAAGACCUCAUAAGGGUACCAACGGAGGAGGAAGCCCUCUACAUCGCAUCCAGAUUCGAGGCCAGCUACCACUUGCCAAAUGUGAUGGGCAUCAUUGAUGGCACACACAUCCCCAUGUUGCCCCCUUCAGAUGGGUACAAAGACUUUGUCAAUCGAAAAGGCUGGCCGUCUUAUGUGCUCCAGGCAGUUGUCGACCACCAAUUUUGCUUCUGGAACAUCAGCUGUAAGAUGCCCGGUAGCGCACACGACGCCAGUGUUCUCCGCAACUCGGAUCUCUUCCAAAAAGCCCAUCUACUGCCUAAGGGUGAUAAAAUCAUCGAGGGAGAGAGCAUCAGGCUAGUCAUUGUUGGGGAUCCUGCAUAUCCGCUCCUUCCGUGGCUGGUUAAAGGACAUCUCAGCUCCCCACGGCUAACUCCAGAGCAGGAAUCUUUCAACGUGUAUCUAAGUUCGCUCCGGGUUGGGGUGGAAAAUACAUUUGGGAUUCUAAAGGCAAGAUGGCGUGUUCUAUUGAAACGCAGUGACUUUCACUUCACAUUCACACCGACUGUCAUUGCAACCUGCUGUGCUUUGCACAAUUUUUGCCAGCUUCAGAGGGAACAUGUAAACUGGUUGGAAGAGGCUGCAACUCCAGACGGAAUCUAUCCUCAGCCUGCCCAGCCCGCAAAUGUUAAUGACCAUGGUAACCACGAAAGGGCCGUGGUUACAGGAUAUAUGGCCACUCACUUUCCCCUUCGCAGUGGUCAUCUCUAUUAAUUGAAACACGUAGGUUAAGGGAACAUAAUGGUGGAAUAAAUAUUUAAUAAAUAACAAUAAAUACAAUAAAUAACAAUAUUUUCACAUCAAUAUAUGCUCAUCUUAUUAAUUAAUUUAUUCAUUGAUGGGGAACAACCGGUUGUUGUUUUUUAAUGUAGCCUACCCCAUAUCAAAUUGUAUAAAGCUAUAUGUAAAUAGAUAUAGAUUGUAUUAUAUUUAUAAAUUGUUAAACAUGGUACCAAACUAGAUAUAUAGA